AUGCAACGUGUCACAAAGUCGAAUCAGUCAAGCGGUUCUAUUAACGAUGAGCUUCGUGGCUAUUUUGAAUCGGAAUCCUUUAUGGAUAUUAUGAGGAGAGUGGUUUCGAAUAUGGUUGCGGAAGAAUCUUUUGAACUUGCUCUCAAAAAAGGUGUAGAUGCAGCAGUGGCGAGCGCCGUUGAGCCUUUUAACAAGAAGCUAGCUGAAUUUGAACAAUACGUGCCACGAGAAACCGAUUUAGAAAAGAAGAUUAACGACCUUGAAUCUCGUCUGUCGGCAGCGCAAGAGGAAGCUAAACUUGCUAUAAAUAAAGCUAAUGAUAACGAACAAUACUCUAGAAAAUAUAAUCUGAGAUUUAUCGGCAUUGAAGAGAAGAAAGAUGAAAAUUGCACUGAGUUAAUCGUUGCAUUCUGCAAGGAGAAAUUGGGGAUCGUCGUGCCUGCUAACGCUAUUGACCGUGCACACCGAGUUGGAAAAAAAUCUGAAGGGAAAACCAGAACCAUAUUAGUGAAAUUCAUGAAUUAUAAUUCUAAAUUGAUGGUUUGUAUUCAGAAAAAAACUUUUAAAGGAUUCCGAGUUUUAUAUCAAUGUGAAAUUGUUCAGUCAUGCUCGCAAAUAUGCGAGCAAUAUUAA